CUGAAAGCGAAGUAGGUUUCCGGCGCAGUCAUUAUCCUUUUUGCUAUAAGCAGCUUCUGCACGACAAACACUUGCGGUAAUGGUCAUGGAGUUGGAUGUUGAGCAGCUUCUGGAAGCUCCCUUCCGAAAGGAGCAAGCUGGUCCGCCCCAAAAGCCCGAGAGAGCUGAAUCUGAACCCACUGCUGUACCCUUACCGUCGCCAGAGAAGCCUGCUGAGGAGAACCGCAGCAGUCGUGGGAAGGAGGAAAAGCGGCGGCACCGAGACCGCUCACGGUCUCGAGAGAGGGACCGACGUCGGUCGCGCUCCAGAUCGACAGACCGUAAGAAGCGGAGCAGGAAAGAUCGUUCUCGCUCGAGAUCUCCUCGUCAUAAGGAUGAUCGAGACCGUAGGAGACGUACCCGUUCUAGAUCUCAAUCCCCGCAUCGCCGGACAAGGCAUGAACGACCACGAAGCAGGUCGAGGGACAAUCACAAGCGCAGGAGAAGCUCAUAUGAGCGAUCAAGAAGGGGAUCUGGAAGGGAUAGAAGCCCUGUUGUCACCAGGUCUGCGUCACCGCAGUUAUCUGAGUAUGAACGUGACAAGCGAACAGUCUUUGUCAUGCAAUUGGCUGCACGGCUUACAACCGGGGAACUCUUUGACUUCUUUGCUCCUGCCGGGAAAGUCCGUGAUGCUAGAAUUAUCGCCGAUCGUAAUUCCCGGCGGUCGAAAGGGGUGGGUUAUGUAGAAUUCUACGAGGAAGAAUCUGUAGAGAAGGCUCUACAGAUGACAAACCAAAAGCUCCUGGGCAUUCCGAUUAUAGUCCAACGUACAGAAGCCGAGAAGAACAGGAUUGCCGCUGAAGCGGAAGCUGCCGCCAAAGCUGAGCUACAAUCGAAUCGCUUGUAUAUCGGUUCACUGCAUUUCAAUCUGACUGAGGAUGAUUUGAAGGCAGUUUUCGAACCUUUCGGAGCCAUCGAUCAUAUCAAUUUGCACAAGGAUCCGGAUACAGGCAGGUCGCGAGGAUUUGCUUUUGUUCAUUAUAAAAAUCCGGCCGAUGCAAAACAGGCCAUGGAGAAAAUGAAUGGGUUUGAGAUCAUGGGACGAGCUAUCAAAGUUGGUCAUAUAACUGAUAAGCUGAGCGGGGGAGUGUCUAGUUACUCGUUGGAUGACGGGGAAAUUGGCGGCCUUUCCAUGAACAAUGUAUCCCGCAUUGACCUUAUGGCCAAACUUGCUAGGGACGAACUCCCUAUUGGCGGUUCGGCACUUCCUGCAAAACCGGUCAUUCUGCCAACGCGCAAUAUUUUGCUGAAGAAUAUGUUCGUAUUACAGGAAGUACAAGAGGAACCUGACUGGGAUAAAGAGCUCAAGGAUGAUGUUGAAUCUGAAUGUUCUAAGUACGGCAAACUCCGUCAUGUAGGAAUUGAUACUGAAAGUCCGGAUGGUCGCAUCUAUAUGAAGUACAACAGCAUUCCUGAAGCGGAAGCGGCGGUGAAUGCUCUAAACGGCCGGUUCUUCGCCGGUAACCGGAUUGAGGCUGCCUAUGUCCCAGACGUUACUUAUAACGCGCGCUUUCCGGAAGCGGCCUUUGAGUAGAAGAAGUCCCAUUCACCGGUUGUUGCUGCGGUCAAGAUGUCUAAACCAAAUGCCUCACCUCCUUGUUCAAUAGGUGUAAUUUGCUGGAAACUUUAGGUCCAUAUCGAGUCCGACUUUGUUUGAAUGUUGCAUAUAUAUACGCAUUGUUUUUUCUUUCUUCUCUUGAGGCUCUGUCUUAGGUUGACUUUCGAGAGGAGUGGGCUUGUGCUGUGUUGCCGACCCGGUGAUGUUUCUGUUGGAUUUUUGGACUGGGCGUGCUCAUAUCGUUGCACUGCACUAUGCACUAGGGUUCGAUGAGCGACGGUCCAAAGUUUUACCUCGACCUAUGACCAAGGUUGGUACAAUUGCAUUUAUAUUGGUCGUUUCUGCAUAACAUCACAGCGAUACGGUUUUGGCAGUAUGGAGGACCUGACCCUGUUGUAUAUUGUGUACGCAAAAAGCUCUUGCUUCAUGGGAUGAGUUAACCAUGGUUUUUGAUCUAAAGCUGUUGCCAAAUGAACUUGGGCACACUUGUUGAAAUGGAGCAUGCAUCUCUGUUGAUAACUGAAUCAAUC